CAUGGCCAGUACUACAGUAGGUGGCAGUAUUGCCAGUACAGCCAGUAGGCGCUUGACCACGCUACGGAAGAGACGUUAUCGCUCGUUUCAAGUUCGAUCAACCACACAACGUCGGUUAUUUGGAAGAAAUUAGCAUCAUGCCAAAUUGUCCAAAGUGCGAGAAACCCGUGUAUUUCGCGGAGCGCAAGACGUCGCUGGGUAAAGAUUGGCACGGGGCCUGUUUGCGCUGCGAAAAGUGCAACAAAACCCUAACUCCUGGCAACCAUGCUGAACACGAGGGCAAACCUUAUUGCCACGUUCCUUGCUACGCUGCCCUCUUUGGCCCUGGAGGUUUUGGACGCGGUGGCGCUGAGAGUUACGUGUAUAAAUAAAAGGGUGCCAUCUACUUUGAAAAAUUAUUAAAAAUAGCUGUGCCUUCUACUCUAGUGCUCCUUAGCGAGAAUACGUUUUGGUAUACAGUUUAAUUAAGCAUAUGUACAUUGUAGGUUAUUGUAAUACGAUGCACGUAUACCGCGUGUAAACUAUUGACGUUGACAGGACUAUUACGUAAUUGCACAUUAUACAUUACUUCGUACCGUUAAUGUAAAAAAUAAAUAUUUUCAUUAUUAUAAUA